GUGACGGCAUUGCCUUUCAUGCUACCCGUGCCAGACCUUGGGAAGAGGGCUGGGGAGAGAUCAGGUUAAUGAAUCAUCCAGAAGGAAGCAAUGUCACUUCGAUUUUGUUAUCGCGGCAAUCUAGCUGUAAUAGUAUACGAAGAUAUAGAAGAAAUUGAAUUGAUCAGGAAAAUAAAGAGAGAGAAAACCAAGAAGAAGACGGUGAAGAAAGACUUACCAAAAACUAACCCAGAUGCGGUCGUGAAGAUCCAGGCCUGGUGGCGGGGCACCCUGGUGCGCCGGACAUUGCUGCACGCGGCCCUCAGGGCCUGGAUCAUCCAGUGCUGGUGGAGGCUGAUUCUGGACAGGCAGAGGCAGAAGAUGCGGAGGCAGGCCCUGAUUGCUUAUGCAAUCAGAGAAAGGGCCGUGGUCAAACUCCAGUCUUUGGUCCGCAUGUGGCGCAUCCACUGGCGAUACUGUCAGGUGCUUGAAGCCCUCUAUGUCAUCCAGUGCCACUGGCUAUGCCACAACUGCCAGACCUGUGCUCUCCUCCGGGGCCACUGUGUCGUCACAGCCACUCACCUACAGUUCCACAUUGAGGUCAUUAACCCCUAAGGCUUGGCAAGAAGGAGCGCCUUGUCUCCUGGCCUAGUAAAGGUCUAACCUGGUGUGGUGUGCCUCCUGGUCUCCCCUGGCAGUUGGAAAUGUGGGCAGCCCGGCCAUGCAGACUUUAUUCUCCCUGGGAAGGAACUUCAGAGACAUUUCCCCACUGUCCCAUGGACCCUGCUCUGGAUUGACAGUGACCAUGUGCUACCUACAUGUGUUGGCUUGUCAAAACAGAAACUGAGGUCAUAGGCUACCCUGAUACGAAGGACCAGAAGCCCCAGUGCUAAUCCAAACCCCAUUCCUUCUCAUCCGGGAUCUGAGAAGCAGGUGG